CAGAGUUGCCAUGGAAACCAGGGCCUGCGGAAGGCUUCCCAGCCACCGGGAAUCCGUUGAAAUUUGCCCCCAGGGACUACUGGUGUUCACCGGAUCUUCGGAACAGGACUCCACCUUGGCCAAGCAGUUCUGGAUCGCUGCGUCCCUGUACCCUCCUAACGAAUCGCAGCUCGUGCUGCCCCGAGGUAGCAGUCAGCGCCUGCCGGUGGCCGGGCCCUCUAGGCGCCGUCCGCGGGAGACUAUAGAUGUCACUGCUGAAACCAGAAAGAUUGAGGAAUCUGAGGAGAAAAAAAAGUAUCUCCAAAAGCAGGCUAAAAGGAGAGAUGAGAUUCUCCAACUCCUAAGAAAACAAAGAGAAGAAAGGAUCUCGAAAGAACUGGUUUCCCUUCCUUAUAAGCCAAAGGCCAAAGUGCACAAAGCAAAAUUCAUGUUACUGCCAACAGGAAAGUGAUGUCAGAGUCAGAUAAGGACGACCAAGAGGAGGUCAAAGCCUUGGAUUAACGUGAUCAACGCAAGGGUGAGGAUGGCUCACUUAGAUCCUGACUUUUGAAACAACCUUCUCUAAUAAUCAGGACCAUUGGGAUCACUUUGUUAAAACAGACAAAGAAAUAAAAG